CAAAUGCGACUUAACUAUAACUAAGCUUGCAAGUUUCUCCAUUCGAUUCUAUUAGAUCGCUUUAGCCUUUGCUAACAAGAAAACCACGUACCUUUUUCUUCUUCUUCUUCUUUUUUUUUUUUAAUUUUUUUUCUUUUUUAUGCAUAUAUACCACCACCACCACCCAAGUGUUCUAGCAUUGGUAUUCAUCAGAAAAUUAUCAUAUGGCUAUGAAGUGCUCUAGGAGUGUGUCUUUGAUUCUCUUACUAUUCGUUUCAAACUGGUAUUAUUGUGCAAAUGCUGCUAAUAAGGAUGGUUUGGGAGCUUCGUUUAUCUUCGGCGAUUCUCUAGUUGAUGCCGGAAACAAUAACUAUUUAUCAACUUUGUCUAAAGCAAACAUCCCUCCUAAUGGAAUUGAUUUCAAAGCGUCUGGUGGAAAUCCCACAGGCCGUUACACCAAUGGAAGGACCAUUGGUGAUAUAGUUGGUGAAGAAUUAGGAAUCCCCAACUAUGCAGUCCCAUAUUUGGCUCCAAACGCAUCAGGAAAAUCCGUACUCUCUGGGGUUAAUUAUGCAUCAGGGGGGGGAGGGAUUUUGAACGCAACAGGAAGAAUAUUUGUUAAUAGGAUAGGAAUGGAUGUCCAGAUUGAUUAUUUCAACGUUACAAGAAAACAGAUAGAUAAACUACUGGGUCCUACAAAGGCAAAAGACUAUAUGAUGAGAAAAUCCAUUUUCUCCGUCACUGUUGGGGCAAAUGACUUUUUGAACAAUUAUCUACUUCCAGUCCUCUCCAUUGGAGCAAGAGUUUCUCAGACCCCAGAUGCUUUUGUUGAUGAUAUGAUCAAUCACUUUAGGAACCAGCUAACUAGACUUUACCAAUUGGAUGCUCGGAAAUUCGUGAUUGGAAACGUUGGUCCAAUAGGUUGCAUACCUUAUCAAAAGACAAUAAAUCAACUAAAACAAGACCAAUGUGUGGAUUUGCCUAAUAAGCUUGCGGUUCAGUACAAUGGCCGAUUGAAAGACUUGCUAGCUGAACUAAAAGACAAUCUCCCUGGAUCAACGUUUGUUUACGCAAAUGUGUAUGAUCUGGUUAUGGAGCUCAUCACAAACUAUGGAAAAUACGGGUUCACAACAGCAAGUAGAGCUUGCUGUGGAAAUGGAGGUCAGUUCGCAGGGAUAAUUCCAUGUGGGCCAACUUCGAGCAUGUGUUCAGACAGAUCGGCGCAUGUGUUUUGGGACCCCUACCAUCCCAGCGAAGCUGCCAACCUUAUACUUGCCAAGAAGUUGAUUGAUGGAGACACAAGAUACAUAUCUCCAAUGAAUCUCAGACAGCUUCGAGAUCUUUAGCUAAUUGUAUUUUUGCUUUACAAAUUAUAAUUAAAUAUCAAUUAUCUGUUCUUCGUGCAUUUCAAUAGGAUUGGCAAUUGGUGUUCUUUUCUACUUUGUUUGGUAAACUGUCAAAGUCACGAAGCCUUUUAAUUUCUUCAUAAUUUACUCAUAUACAUUUUAAAUGAUAUUUAUAUAUUUUUUCUCCUUAGUUAA